CAGGCCCAGGAUUACCUUUUCAUCGGAAAUCCGGGGGAUAAGAUAGCAUGUAAGAUUUCGAGCCCGUUAUCAAAUAAGUGGAAUCCACUUCGAUGCUUUAACACUCAUAUCAUCAUAUCAUAUCGUCUUCACAUGUAUUUCAUAGAUCCCGAGUGAUCGGGCUCUAAUCGUAUAAGUACUCGAAAAAAAGCAAGCAAUUAGGCCGUUUCAGACCCUUUCCCGUUUGCACCCAACUCGUUUGCAAAAAUAAGUGUGGCGCCAACCCCAACACUAUAAGACUCUCAGUCUCAGUCUCAUCUCACAACCAUCACCACAAUACUCCACUACCUAGAUAAUAGACAAAACAUAAACUCAUAACCACGAUGGCAUUCACAAUGCACUCCCACUCAGGCCAAUUCUGCCCGGGCCACGCGAAAGACCAACUCGAAGACAUAAUCAAGCACGCCAUCAGCAUGGGGUACACGACCAUGGGACUCACAGAGCACAUGCCACGGACCAGCCUCGAAGACCUCUACCCAGAAGAACUCUCCGACCCCCCAACCUCCCUCGCCGCGCUCCUCCCCCGACACGAAUCCUACCUCCUCGAAGCGCAGCGUCUGCAAAAGCAGUACUCCCCGCAACUGCACAUCCUAAUCGGCUUCGAGGGGGAAUGGCUGCGGCCCACGUACAAGACCCUCGUAACCACGCUCGCCUCGCACCCAAGCAUAGACUACUUCAUCGGGUCUCUCCACCACAUCAACAGCAUCCCAAUCGACUACGACGCGGCGUACUACGCGCGCGCGGUCGCCUCAGCGGGGGGCACCGAGGAGAGCGCGUACGCGCGGUAUUACGACCAGCAGUAUGAGAUGCUGCAGUCUUUGCACCCGCGGAUAGUCGGACACUUCGACCUCGUGCGCUUGCUUUCCUCGUCUCCUGACCGGGUUAUCUCGAGGACCUGGCCAGAGGUGUGGGAGCGGAUAGUCCGCAACUUGAAGUACGUAGCCUCGUACGGGGGGUGGUUGGAGUGCAAUAGCAGCGCGUUGCGGAAGGGACUCGCGGAGCCGUAUCCGAGCCGGGAGAUCGCGGAGGAGUGGGUGCGGCUCGGGGGGCGGUUUACGCUGUCGGAUGAUAGCCACGGGAUCGCACAGCUCGGGACGAAUUUCGGGCGCGCGCUAGAAUAUCUAGAGAGUUUAGGUGUGGGAACCUUGUGGACGCUAAAGCGGGAAGCAUCGGCGACGGAGGGUGAGAAGGCGAAGUUGGUGGAGGUGGAGGUUCCGCUUCAGAGUGUGAAAGAUGUUGUUAGUAAGUGGUAAUUUAUUGACAGAAGGUUUUGGGAUGUUAUCAAUAGGGAGCUAGAUAAAAGUAUAUAAGAAGGAACGGGGCGAAAAGGGGUAGCCGGAUAGGAGGCAAGGAAAAGGUAGGGGAUAGGCGAACUUAGAUGAGACUAUUCCAAUAGUCCAUUAUGAUUCAUACACGCGGAAAAUAUUAGAUUAUCACGUCUCGAUCGGAAGACGAUAGAAAUUA